UCCGCCACGAGGAUUCCCCUCCCCCCACCCGAGGCCGGCGCGCCGGGGGCGCCUCUCCUUCUGGUGCGGGGUCGUGGGGCCGCGGGGCGGGGCCUCAUGGAGGCAGUUCACCCCGAUACUUGCGGAGAAGAGGCCGCGGUGCUGGGGGCCGAGGGGCGGCCGGCGCCCGAGGCGAGGGUCCACUUCCGAGUGACAAGGUUCAUCAUGGAGGCAGGUGUCAAGCUAGGGAUGCGGUCCAUUCCCAUUGCCACUGCUUGUACCAUAUACCAUAAGUUCUUCUGUGAGAUCAACCUGGACGCCUAUGAUCCUUACCUGGUUGCCAUGUCUUCCAUUUACUUGGCCGGCAAAGUGGAGGAGCAACACCUGCGUACUCGUGACAUCAUCAAUGUGUCCAACAGGUACUUUAACCCGAGCAGCGAGCCCUUGGAGCUGGACUCACGCUUCUGGGAGCUCCGAGACAGCAUCGUGCAGUGUGAGCUCCUCAUGCUGAGAGUUCUGCGCUUCCAGGUCUCCUUCCAGCAUCCACACAAG